AAACAAAAAAAGCCGACAUGGAAUGAAAUGAAAGAGGAGUGCGGCACAUCCGACCAAAGCCGCCAAUAUCAGCGCCGAUGAAGUCCCAAGUCAAAGUGCUAAUGGGCUGAACGUGGAACCCAGACCAUCCUUGACAUGAGUGUGAGAGAUGAGCGUGCAUGAUGAGGCUGUGCAUGCAUGCGGUGGUGUGACAAGGAUUGGGAAAAAAACAGGUCCCUGAAUAAAUAAUGGAGCUUUGUCAAGCAAUAGAUGUCUAAGAAUACUCUGUAUCUAAUUUAUAUUUUAUAUAAUUGUAUCUUUUAUUAUUCAUUUAUUUAUUUUCAUCCUGAUAUAGAGUAACUGUUGACUAAAUCAAAAAAACAUUGGUGGGGGUGUGUGUAACUAGACCAUCAAAUUUGGACCUGUUAAAGUACUUGAAUAGAACACUGUGGUGCAACCUUAUUACACGUAUCAGCAGUUGUGGCAGUGGAAACUACCACUCUUUAUCACAUGUGGAAACCUUUUUUCCCAUGUUCUUUUCAUUCUUACAUUUUAAUAACACUAUAUGACACUAUAAUAACACUGUAUGCUCUAACCUGUUAAUUCCAUAGACUUUCAGCACUGCUUGUUGACCAUGUUUGUGAAUUAUUGCAGCAGCUUUUAUUAUAAGGGUGCUUGCAUAAACAGUGAAAAAAAUGUUUAGUUCAUAAGAAUAUAGUAAAGUAGUACCUCAAAAAAUCAAGGUCUCGCCGUCAUUGUGCAAUACCUAUCUCAAAACACUUAACAUUUUCAAUCUCCUGAAUAUUCUUAAGCAGGGAUGUCAAACGCAACAGGGGGCCAAACUUGGCGACUGUCACUAAAUCUGGCGACGUUUCAAACCCUCUUGGCGACAUAUUUUCUCAAAAGCGACUAGCAACAAAUCUUUCAGGCGUCGUUGGAGAGAUUUCUGGUAUUUGGGGACUUAAAAGUGAAAGUACGUGUUGUUCUUCUGUUUCUGUUCUCGCUGAGCAGCAGCGGGUGCUGCUGAGCGGUCCGCCCCCCCCCCAAAGCAGGCACAAGCCGAGUGCACAGACAGCUUCCGCGGCACACUGAGAACAUGGAGCACAGAGUGGCGCUCUGCAUCCAUGAAGCACGCAUGCGCAGGGUGGCUCUCGCCCUGUUUUACAGAGCGGGAUCUAAAACGUAACUGUUUCUUAAUCUUCAUUAAAUUACUACUCAUUAGACUCGAGCCUCAUUCGGACCCGGUCACUUACCUGUCAGUGUGAACAUGUGAUGGAAGGAUGUUGCGUGAUAAAUUAGUUGUCCUAACUGCAAGAUAAAAGGUGGAGCCUGGAGGCGAGUCCGGAUGUAAUUAUUACGCUGUCUAGACUUUGAGAAGCGCCAGUCGACAUAAAAACAUCAAAAUGAUUUUAUUUUGAUGAAGUGGUGGCCAAUUUUAAAUUAAUAAACCAAUAAUCAAGUUUAUUUGUUGUUCUGAACGCAGUUAAGGUGUUUUUACUCACUUUUUUGUUGCUCCGAGGUUAUUAUUUUUUCAUACAGCAUCUCUUAAAACAUCAUAUGCAAAUUAGCCAAUGACGUCAUCUAGCGACUUCUAGGACAGAGGAGUUGGCAACAGAGGGGCCAAAAGUGAAAGCCGACUUUAGGUCACAAGCCGAAAUGUAACAGUUUUGAAAAUAUGGGUGUUCGUGUCUGUUCAUUCCUGCUUGAAUUUUCUACUUUUCAAUAGUCUUUGAGGCCGUGAAUUUAUCACGGCUGUGAUUGGUUAAGCCAGGAAAAGGGAGGAAGGAGACGGAUGCGGACAUAUGACUAUGGUUGUUUUGCCGUGGUUUCGAUUACGUGAUUGUUGAUCAAUCACCUUCUUGUCAUCCUCUCCGUGUCUGAACAAAAGCGUCAGUAUUUUAUAUCAACAAAAAAAACAUCACAAUCCACAAGAUGUGUAAUCCGUAAGAGUUUUCAGUUUGAUACGGUAAGAAUAGCUAGAUUACACAGGUCGCUGAUAGGAUUUCUUAUGUUGACGUCUGCGAUGCAGGCCAGCUCAAUGAUACUUUUCAAAGAGUUCCUUCCGCAGGCUGGAUGAAAUUGGAACGCGGAUUAGAUUUGGUGCACGGGCCUGAGUUUGGCACAUGUGUUCUUAAGGAUGAGCGCCAGGUAUUCUGUGUGAUAGUUUUCUACGGGUUUCUCGAUACAAGUUUCUCACUUCCCAUAUGAUAUCGAUAUUGCAGCCUUGAGUAUUGGCCGAUGCUGACAUUGAUUUGAUAUCAGCACAAAUCAUACAUACUUUUAUUACUUAUUUUGAAGUGUGCAAAUUAAAAAAAAAAAAAACUUGAUCGAGUGUGUUUUGAAAACAGAAUAGCCAGCAAUAGUAGUUAUGAGGAAAACUGACCUCUUCAUUAUGCAUUUGGGGUAUAUGGAAUACAAUACACAUGAAUUGUAAUACAAUUAAGCGUUGUCCGUCGGUCAGUGCACGCAUCACUGUUCAGGCUGCUCAGCACAUUAUGGCGAAGCCAACAGUUAUUGUUGUAUCGGACUUCCUUCAUAGUACUUAAUGGUCCCGGCAAUCCUACAAAAUGAGAUCAUUUUUCUUUGAACUAUCCUGCACAACACCUAACUGUCUAAAUAGCAUCCUUGUGAUAUUCUACUGGCAUUUGAGCUUCAUCAUGCUAAUGCAGUCAAAGCUGCAAAAGCAUUGACAUGCAAAAACAUUCCAAUUUGACUUUAGGCACUAACUAAAAUCACACUGUUUGCAAACUGAGGGCUAAUUCACAAAGUCUUCCUAAAGGACUUAACAAUUAGCCUUUAGACUGAUAAAGAGCAUGUCUUGCUUCACAAUAAUGAUUUGGUUCCCAUUGUGACACUUCUGCUGCCUAUUUCCAUGGAAGCAGGAAACAGCUUGUGGCCUUGCUCUGUACACCCAUACAUUCUACUUUGGUAAACCAAUUUUGUUGGAGACAGGCCCUGCAGGCACUUUUGCUUCACAAUUAGUCCCAGUUGUGGAAUAUACACAGAAAUAUCUCUUUAAUAUUCCCUUUCCUCUUGGAUUUUUCAAUUAUCUCCAUCAUGUUUGGUAAUGAGAAAAUGGUUUUAUCGUAAGUUUCAUGUAUUGGUUUUGUGACACAUUAUUCUGAGUGGUGGUGGUGGUGGUGGUGGUUGGAGAGCAGUCCCCCUGGUACCACAAAAAAACGAUGGGUGUCAUUUUCAGUCUCGCCUCUCUUCAUUUUAAUGGUGUUUUCUUCCAACGAAUACUUCAGAUAAUCUUGUCUUAUGUUGAAUUAGCAGUGCUAAUUAAGCACAGUGUAUCCUUCGUCUGUAACAUGGGACUCAACCUCUCAAACAUAUGCGCUUUACGGGAAAACUGCACUUUUUGGGGAAUUUUGCCCAUCAUCCACAAUUCUUGUGUGAGACAUGAACAUGUUCAUGCUAGCAUUACGCGGGAACGAUUAGAAUACGUUUGCUGCAAACUUCAGGCCCGACAUUCAUAGAAUGUUCCAAGGAUGUUACAUAAGUGUUGACCAUUGCGGGAACAAUAGGAGAACGUUAUUUUAACGUUCGGUGUUACUUGGGCACACGUGUUUCUCCCUUUUUUGUGCGUUUUAAAGCGAGAUAAACAGCUAGCAUGAGUGCGCUAACAAUGCACGUGAUGGGACACACCUAUUUUGACUGUAAAGCCCUCUAAAAACCUCCAACAAAGUUUUUUAUAUAUAUUUUUUUAUAUAUACAGUACAUGCUGUGACCAUGCAGCAAUAUGCGCAUUCAUGAUAACAUGUAAUACUCACAGUAUUUUGCUAUAUUUUUAUCAUUUUAAGCAUUCUUUCCUGAGUGCAUUGAUUUCACAGAGCCCAUAGCAACUAACGCUACCCCGGUCAACAACAGCUGCGGGGAAAGCACAUAUUGUUUGCUACUACUGUUUGUCUGUUUGCCGCCGCCGAUCUAUUAUCGAGCUUAUCUUUUUGAGGCUGAAUAUAUGGAGGAUGAACUACAGUUUUUAGUAGCUGAGCGGGCAAGAAGAGAGAGUGAAACGUCGGCGCAGACCGGGGCCAAGAGAGUCAGGACCAGCAUGACUUGCUGGUGUAAAUGUCGAGCUUGCCAAUCCAUGCGGACAGAAAUUGAGUGUUUCUGCUGCACUGUGUGGCACACAGUGUUGCCAUCGAUGGAAAGGCUGUGUAUACAGUAUGACGAGAAGGACAUUGCUCCAAGAGACUGCAUCACAACAAACGAAGAAUUGUUUAUGCUAUCAAACCCUGCAGUGGUACAAACUUUUUUCCCACCUACCCAGGCCAGCUGGACCAGACGGACAACUGUCCAUCGAGUAAGUCACCAUGAUAUUGAUUCUGAUACAUGGAGCACACAGUGCUUGAUAUCACAGUCCAUCUAGCCGUGUACAAACAAAACAUGGAAUGUGGGCUAAUACUGUACAGAUGAUGUGGUCGUCUAUUUGUAGUUGCUCAUAUGCUUGUUCCUGUUUCCCAGUCAGUACAGGUUGGCGUCCUAUUGCAUUGUGUUGGAGUGGGCCCGUUACUUCUUGGUAGUGUUGUGAGGCGUUGUGAGUGAGGCGCUGUGUCACUACACCAGAAAAGUAGUUCUUCUGUGUUAGCUCCUACAAUAACAAUUGCGCUGUAGCUUGGUUAAUGUGCAGGUCAGUUUUGUAAAUGGAACCUUGUUGCCAUUUUUUUUUGUUGUGUUUUUUUUUUUGCAGGCGUUGUUGUCGAAAUAGGUGUGCCCCAUUACUUGCAUUGUUAGCUCCCUCAUUCUAGCUGUUUUUCUCUCUUUGGAAUGCACAGAAAAGGGAAAAAUAUGUGUGUUCAUGUUUCACAUUAGGAUUUUGGAUGAUGGGAAAAAUUCCCAAAGGUGCACAAAAGGGACACCGAGGUGUUGUUUGACAAAGAUGCAAUUAACGGGUUGCAUUUGAAAUUUAACUAUGCUGUUGCAAUAGUACCAUUUAAUGAAAACACUAAAAUAAGCACUGAUGGAGGUUUUAUGUUUCAGCAGUUGCAAAGCUGGAGUCCUGUAGUAGAGUCAUACACAGUCCUCAGAACAUUUGAAUUCCCAAUUUUGCAAUCUCUGUCAGUGUUUUCCCUGCAUCCUCAGAAGUAAGACAGCAUGCUUGUUUUCCCCAGCAUCGGCCCUCUCAGAAAGAAAAGUCCUAUCAACAUUCAGCAAUACGUCACCAAAGAUGUCGUGUUGCUGCAUGUAUGUAAAUGUAUGAAGCACUGUAAGAAAUGUACAUAUUUUCUGGUCAAGAGUUACACUUUGCGUUCGUUGUGGUCCCAUGGAGGCUUUCCAGAAUUACACAAAUUCUUCAUUAAUUUAAAGAAUAAAAAAUACAGAUGAGAAGCCAAAUAUCUGAAAUAUUGGACUACCAGCAUACAUUAUUCAUAGUUGCUUGUAAUUCAUAGCCAACGUUGUUGUUUAGCAAAUUUUGUAAAACCAUACCCGAUAUGAUUUGAAAGAACAAGCAACAUCUUCGUUUGUUUUAAUACCGUAGCGCUCCGUGUCCAAAAUAGCUGAAUGGUUUGUCACCGAGGUCAUGCGGAGGUGGUCGAAUGUGCAAGCUCAGCACUAUAUCCCCGCUGCCGUCCCUCUUUACAGUACUCACGCAGGGGCGUUAAGGUGCCAGAGACGUCGGCCAUGUUUCCAGCAUUUAAAUGCACACUUUGAAGUAUCACAGGGAAAAAUUAUGGAAACUGCAAAAAACAAAUGCAUGUGUUUUUUGUAAAUAAGCCUGUCGGCUGAAAAUAAUUACAAUUGAAGUAUAAUACCAUGAUCUAAAACCAAUACAGUCGUCCGUCGUUUAUCCCGGUUAAAUGGUUCCAGAUCGCAAAUAGUUUCGAAUCUGAUUUCCGCAAAAUCAGAUUCAAUAUUAAUAAACAUAUUUUCAUAGUUAAAGCAUAGAAUCCUUUAUGGUACAUGAAAUAACACCCCUAUAGUCACCUUUACACUCUUAUUAUUCUUUGUUUACGCCACACUGCGGAGGCUACGGGAUCACAUAAAGACGGCCGCCGCUGGCAUAGCAAGCUACCAAGCUAACUUAGUCAUCCGCUCCAAUUUACUUAUUCUAAACUCAAAAAAGUGUUUCAAAAGGAAUGGAGUAGACGGACAAAGUAAGAAGCAAAAAUCUCACCACUCCAACAUGGAAUGGGAGGACAACCUUGCCAUGGCUGACUCCAUGCAGUGUGAAGGUCAUCUCUUAUCACUGUAACAUUACUGACGCCUGGUGACCAGAAUAUGAAAUAUAACUUGCCUUUCAAUAUUUUUUUUUUUACUAAUAAUCGGCCAUCAUCAACCACAAAACACCAAUCAUUUAUUAAUUAAAUAUUUAUUAUAUGUAUUAUUUAUUAAUUAUGUUUGAAAAACCACAAUAGAGUGAGGGAGCGAUGUCGCAAGGAACGACGGUAUAGUGGAACCUCAGUUUGUGUUGUCAAUCCGGUGAAAACUGAAUCGUACGUAAACUGAAGCAAAUUUUCCCAUAAGAAAUCAUGUAAAGCCAGUUAAUCCGUCCCAGACACCCAAUGACAUAACGUUUUGUAGAGCAUAAAGUUUUAUGUGCUGAAAACAACAUCAAGUAAUUUUGAUUGGAGUGGAAUGAUUGGUUGAUCAAAGCAAAGAGGCAGGCCCCAAUCCUGAUUGGUUGAUCAGAGCAAAAUUGUUCAACACGAUAAGUUACGGCCACAAUGGCUGACUGAAGAGGAGAAAAUUUACAUAUCUGGUGAGGAGAUAUAUUUUACUGAAAAGGUUUUAUAUUUUUGUCAUGUUAUUAGAUAAAUAUUGAUUGUGAAGUGCUUCAGAUGUUCUCCGAACCCUUCUAUUUAUGCUUGUCACAUUAGGCUGAACCCCAACUUUACAAGUGCCGGUGUACCGCCGAUUACCAGUGGAAAUGAGUCACUGAUUCGAAGUUACUAGCAGCCGUAUUCGUGACUGUGUAUCCUCGUAUGUCCUUGUACCUUUUGCCGCUGAGAGGGUCGGGAUCGGUCCUUAACAGAGACACUAAACAGGAUACCGUGGUGUGGUGGAUUUAUGAUAAUAGGUUUUGAUAAUGAUGAGACCAAACCGGGAGAGCAAACAGAUACUUUGCAUGUGAAGUGAUGGCAGAUGGUGUGCAGCAGUGUAAGGAAACGGGGUAAUGCGAAAGAAGAAUACAUAAACGCAAGUGUAAAUUUGUGACAAAACAAAUAAAUGGUCAACAAAAAUUACGGCUUCCGAGCCUUUCCUCUCUUCUCCUUCCUCCCCGGCACAAGAAAGUGCACGGAAUUUAUUGCUUCCGUGUACGUAAGCAUGUGUUUUGAUCCGGACACGCCGCGCUGGAUGAUGACGUCACUAAGCGUCACUGCUACUCGACUGUGAACUAUCAGGCGUACAAAACGUCCCUACUUUGUAUAUUGUCCCCAUAACGUGCAGGAUGGAAACUUGCUAAACACACAUCAAUUUAGUUGGAUGGUAGGAAUAUAAAUCAAUGCAUCAAUGUUUUUUUAUUUUUUAGGAAGUGUUGGACCAGUAGCCACAUAAUGUUUUCACAGGUGCUAAUGUUGUGGUUAAUUUUGCACCAAACAACGUCAGGGGAUUGCACAAACACCGUUAGUACUUGUCUGUCUGAUGCUGCGGGUCAGAGGAGGGUACAGCCGGUCAGCAGUCAGCACUGCAUGAGGAGGGGCGGGGCUUGUGAGCGCCGCCGAGUAGGUCAGGGAUCCCUGACCUACUCUUCUUCUUCGAACUCCCUCAAGAACUGAAAUAAAUGCCUGUCAGAAAUCAAAACACAUUUGGGGGCAAUUGAUGACAGACUGUGCACAUGCCUGUUAAACAUUCAAAAUCAUCAAAUGUUGGUCAAGGUUUUUUUUUACUGGACGUCAAUGAAAGAGAUACACAUACAGCAUGUGCCACCUGGUGACUAGGAGCGGUUUAGGGAUGACUUCACAGCAGUCUGUUCAGGCAUAAAAUUGUUUGAGGCAAUGCUUUUGAGGCAAAGUUUUUUUUUCAUCAUCUAGCAGAAAAAGUACAAUAUUUAGCCACUAAAAGUGUCUCACUGAACCUGCAGGUGUCACACAUCUUGUUCUUCGAUCGAGCUGGCAGCCUAAGAGAGAUGGAAGCUGCAAUUAAACAUUUGCAUAAUAAUGACGACAAGAAAAAUGAAAACCUUUGUUUUUAUCGAGCAAUAGCUUUUUCACUAUUCAUAGAAUGUGCUGACGAAAAAGGAUGUGCAUUAAAGUCCUUGAUUUGCAAACUAAUAUCCAGUGGGAUUUUUGGUUGUGACACUAAAAACCCUUGCUGAUGAAUUCACUAAUACACUGAUACGAGCAUUAAUGACGAGGAAAUGAAAGACCAGCGUGUCAAGCUCAUGUAAGCGGGAGGAGAGACGGAAACGCCGAGCUUAUCUCAUUCGACCAACUUCAGUUAUCCACAUAUUGCUGGUGAGUUGAAGCGUGCAGAGAUUCACAAAUUCCGUCAUUAGAUUUCUGAAAAUGUAGUUUUUAAGUUGGCAGUAGACUCAAUUGCAUACUGCCUGUGUUUCCAUUUAAUUUACAGUGAAUGCACAAACAGGGGGAACAAUCAACUGUUGCCUAUCACGAUAACACAUUUUGCGGGACGGUAACUGUGCUACAAAUUAUUGAUGAUUAAUGAUAUUAUUGUCAACAUUAUUUUGAGACCAUUUUUUCAUUAGUGUAAUGCUCACAGGGUUUCUCGUAGGAUUUUUUUAAGCUGUGGUGGUGGGCUGCAUGAGAGGAUCAGGGUGCCGCUGUGUCGUCCCGCUGCUGCGUCUGCAAUUUUUUUUUUAAAAGACAAAUAGCAAUGUUUUAUGACUUAUUUUUUUUAUUAACUUAAAGUUUUUUCCAGCAACUAAGGAGAACAUGAACCGAGAACAUUGCAAAAUUGUUGCUGAGAGCACUGCCAACAUUUAAAUUGUACUUUAUUUAUAAAGCACAUCUCCACCCAGUUUGUGCAUCUGUCAUUAAAUGCAGGUUUCAUGUUUGAAUGGAACACUUUAAAAAUGAACCCUCCAGCCUGUUUGAUAGAGAGACUGGAGGAAAACAAACAUGCAUUCACAUGUCAAUAAAUCGAGGCUGGGAAAAUGAUCAAGUUUGAUUUUAUUUAUUGGGCGAGUAAUUGAUUUAUUGAUUAUCAUGACAGGCCUAGUGACACGGUAUUCGUAAUCAGAUAAUUUAAUGGUUGAGGACCUGUAAUACCAGUCGGUCAGCAGCAAUUGCUUUCAACACAACAGGGCGGGAGAAGUGACUGAAACUUUCCCUUUUUCCCUUUUACACAGGCGUAGUCCAGCCUCUGUUCAAGCUGAUACUACCUCUGAGGGCUUCGUCUCACCAUUCUGUGCUGUUUUUAAAAAAACAGCCACCCAGAACAAAGGCAGAUAACGCCCAGCUUGAACAGACAGUGUAGGAAGGACUAUAGUGUUGGCAGGCUUUACCUUUAAAAGAGGCUCACAUUGUUAAAUUGAUUGACAGACGUAUUUAUUUAUUUUUUUAUUUUAAUGAAAUUCUCUUGAGGCAGAGUCCCAGUGCUAAAUUGGGUGCACUCUCUGUGCUGUGUUCUGUCUGUUUGUAUAAUAUUCACAUUAUUUUACAGCAGGUCUCUCACUGUGAGUAAAAACUGUCCUCACAGUUCUUCACAACAGUCUGAGUAACGGCUUCUGAGAGACACCAUGGGAUCAUCCUUCCUGAAAUUCAGCCCUCAUCAUGAGUCUAUUUGAGAUAAGUGCAGCAAAAUCUGUGCAACAAUUUGCCUCUAUUUUGGACUGUCCAAGUAUCAUUCCGAUGCAGGCAGCAGUCUGCUGUUACACAGCCUGGUGCCAGCACCGAACAACCCCAUCCAAGGGUUUGCAAACCCACAGAUUAACUCCCCCAGCAGAAACUUUGGACAUCUUUUAGUUCGACUAGAUGGGGGCUGGAGAAGUAUGAAAGUGUGAAAUAGACCCAAUCUUGGUUAGACCUCAGUUUGUCUUGUUGUAGCAGCCAGUAACACUCCACAGUAAUCCAUGGGUUGGCCCGCUCAGAAGUGCCUGAGGAAAGGAGGGGCUGGCCAAGAAAAUCUCUGCUGCAAGAAGAAUGGGAGACCAUUUUCCAAGACAGCAGUAAAUAUUGGCCUUUGUGGUUUGACAACAGUCAAUGCCCUCUUUGGAAUAUGAGAGAGAAGACUUCUAUAGUCUUCCGUGAGCAUCUAUUUGGGGCGCUCAUUGACCCAAGUGAGUUAAGUCACAUCGAUUUGAGAUGCAAGACUUGACCUUAGCAAGAAGUUGCCUCUCAGAGGCCCCCCGCUGUUGGUUUGUUCGCCUUUCACAGUUAAUCCAAUUGUUGUGUUCUUCGAUUGUAGAGGAACUGAAAUUAGGAGGACCCACACACACACACACACACGCGAUGUUUGCCUCUAGUAUGUCUAUUAGCUCAGUCAAGCGUCUUGUAUGGCCAUUCACUAAUAUUUUCCUCAAAAGAAUGAAUGGUUUAUCCAACUGUAGUCGUGCAACAUUAUUUUUGUAUUACCCCGCAAUAUGCAACACCCUUUUUAUUUUCUUGACUUAUUUGAAAAAUGAUUAAGAACAAUGCCGCUUGGCUCUCAUCAUGUGAUCGACCCGAAGCAGGCAGAGGAUGGUAACUGCACAAGAUGCAUGCAUCGAUGCAUGACUUCAUGUCUUCUCAAUAUAAAUAACAAGCGUGUUCUCAGAAGAAGUUAGCAGAAAUUCUUAUGCAAAGACCUACAGUACAUAUUUUGGGGGUUUCUUGAAAAAGCGUCAUGACUUCAUGAAUUCAUCUAAUAUGCCGCGAUGGCUUUGAAAUGGUAACAAAGUUAUUAAAAUGUUUUUCACACAGCGUCUUGGCUACGUUUGAGUCAUGCGUGGAGCUGAAAAAUAUCCUAUUUGAACAUAACAGUGGAAUUUCUAUGGUCAAACUCUGAGAGCCUCUCAUUUGAUUGAAUUAUCAAAAGUUAUUCUCAUGGGAAAUAUGAAAAGAGUUCCAAACUGUCACAAAUGUGCUGGAAAUGUGUUCAAUUAAAUUAUAACAUUCUUAACUGUCCUACCAGCCAAAAGUAGAUUAACCCCUGGGUAUCGCACAAUAAAACACUUUCAAACAGUGUUAACUAUAAAAUUGAAUGACUGAAUGAUUUGUGUCACGGAUCCACCUCAUACAUUUCCUUUUCAGCACGUUUGUCACACAAGUGUAAGGGAAGUUAACCGCCCCACCACCAAAAAAUAAAACACUAUACCGUAACUUUGAUACCAGGUAACAAUGUUGCAGUUGUUACUGUCCUUUCACACCUUGUAGAGAUUGAUCCUUGUUUUGGACUAUGUGUCACAAAAUAAAAAGUGUCACAACACGCCUUUGGCCUGAGGUCUUGCAAGAUUUGCUGAGGUCUUGCGUGACAUUAGAAACAUUUGACAUUAGAGUUCCUUGUAAUGAACUUUUUGUACCGUUGCCUUCUCAUUUUAUAUCGCGAGAGCAUCAUGAGAAAAGUAUUAAUACCUAAGUAUGAAUACCUGAUCUUUGUUUCAGUACCAAUAAUAAUAUGGAAUCAUGACAUUAAUAGUUUAAUAGCUGCUUAUAAUACAGUCAAACCUCGGUUUUUGUUGAAAAUUUUCACCACAAUGUUGCCUCUGUUUGUGCAGUAUCGCACGUAACAAACUAGCCGUGUGCCGUAUCGUUCUGCGACUUCUUGAUAACCCGCCAUGGGGUCACAGAAAGAUGUGAGUACCACAAAUAAGGCAUGUCAUAAAUAAUGAUAAGGUUAGAAACACAAUUUAAUUUGAUUUCGUCAGGAUGUACGGGAAGUCUGCAAUAAAUUUCAUCUAUUCAUCAUUCAGAAGGACUUCACAUCAUUUUCUGCAUGUAAAACUAUACUUGCACUGCUAUACUCUAUUUUUUGUUAAUAUUUUGGGGUGUCUGGAACUGAUUAAUUGGUUUUACAUUAUUUCCUAGAGGAAAAAUUGCCUCAGGUUUCCUACGUUUUGGUUUUUGUCGAAACUUUUGGAGCAAUUUAGUAACGAAACCCGAGGUACCACCGUGCUUGGAAAUAUUCUCUUGGUUUCAAUUUUAAAGACCACACACUGACAGGCCUUUAUCCUUGAUGAGUCUGUCAGUAAUGAGAAAUGAUGGACGUUUGAUUUUUCCAUCACUCUUUCAAAUAACUGAUGAGAGGUGUUAAGACACGAACAGUCUUGUAAGCGGUGAUUGAUCAUAGUGAGGGUUGCAAUGUGUGCAAUGCCUCACAUGGCCCCAGUGUGAUACCAGAGGUUGCUUUCAUACUCGGAGGCCUGCGGUGUUAACAUGUCUCUCUCUAUUAUCCGCCUUUAGACAGGCAGGGAGACUGUUAUCAGCCUUUUAUUGGUUUUCGCUGCAUUAUUUUGAGAACAGCUGAAGCGCAGUGUGAAUUUUUGGCUGUCCUUUACGGCAGGAUUACAGCCUCCUUAACCUUUCAGCUGCGUUCUCCAUCAUUCUCGCUUACAUGUCCCUCCCAAGCUGUUCCCUAACCUCUCCUCUGAGAGAGAGAUUGAGAGGGAUGGAGAAGAGCAAGAGAGGGAGAGAACCAGAUAGUGAGAUCACAGACAGGAGGAGAUACAGAUCCAGGCUCACUAAAAGAGGAAAAUGGCCACCUGAGGAUUAGUGACUGAAUAUAACAGCUUCAAAUUGUCAAGACUGCAACAUUUCACAUUUUCACUAAGUCCCUUUGCACAUUCUGACCUUUCUGAUAUUUAACUGUGAAGUUCAUUUAUUGUCACAGAACCUUUUCCCUUGCAAAAGAAAGGCAUUUAACAUUCAGCCCUUCCACUGUGUAGUGAGGGAAUUGUGGAUUCAUUCAUUCAAGUCUCAUGCAGCUAUGGGUGUGUGUGCACUAGUGCAUGCUUGAGUGUCUUCAUAAACACCUCCAAGGCCAGUCCAUGACUGGAGCCACAAGCGUGAACAAAUGUUCAGCAGAAAUGGACAAAGAAAAGGUUAUUUUGAUUGGUAAAUUUAGCUUCAAAGCCUUGACAGAUGGCUCUAACAGCAAGACCCAAUGUUAUUUGUUCAGUAUCUACUGUCGCUGUGAUUGGAAUUGUCACAGACUACCUCGACUUGCCAUUAUUUUAUACAAGUACAGUAGAUGCGAGCCGUCCUCGGCUGAUUUUCCGCUUUGAACUACGAGCUAAAAUUUGGGUACGAACCCGCUAGUUAACGGUAGGUAUAGCCGAGGACAGCUAUUUGGGGGCUUAUGUCAAUAUGGCCAUGGCUGAAGAGCUAGCAGUGGUAGCAUUUGCAAGCAUUAGCAGUGCACUAGCUAGUCAUCAACACAUCGGUAAAACAUACGUACAUCAUAGCGAUCUAAUUGAUCUUAUUUCUUAUGUAUUGUGUAAAACUAUGACAGGAACAACAUCAAAUUUAAACCACGAAAUUAAUACAGACACACCAUCCACCAGUACGAGCCUGGACUUGUUUUCAGAGAGGUUGCGUACCAAACAAAUAUGCACAUUAGCACUGAAUAAGGUCAGCCAAUCUUACCUUCAUGCAUUCCCACAGAGUAUCAGCAUUUGGGACCAAACAUGAGGUGAAAGAAAAAAAGGGUACAAAUACAGUAUAGUAGUCUUAUCUGUACAGUUAGAGGGUGCGUUCAAGGACCGCGUCAGCCACAGCUUCCAUGUUGAUGUGUUAAAAAAAUAAUUUUGAAAUGUCCGGCGGGCCGGAUUGAACUCUUUAAUGGGCUGUAGUUUUCCCAUGUCUGUCCCAGGCUAAUGACCAGCUUUUGCACUGUGCGAAAAUGUUACAUUUCGCCACACUUCAUGCAACCAACAAGUCAAGUUUGUUCUAUUUGACAAAUGCGAAGUGAUUUUGUUGUACAUGGACAGUACCAGUUAUUCUCGAUGGAACCCCGGAGGCUUCCCAUGUAAAUACACUCAUUUGAUGUUUAGUAUUUCACGACUUUCAAGUUUCAAUUUCAACAAACACUGCAUAUGCUUGUCCACAGAGCUGUAUAUGUUUGGGCUUCCUAUUAAACUGCAGGUCCAUAUUUGACACAUACAGACUUUACAGACACAAUUGAAAGUGACAGAGCUGCCGCGUCGACACCUGCCAUCCAAUCUAUGCGUGUCUAAAGCACUAAUGCUCAAUAUGUUCACUGUUCUACUCCCCAUGGCAACAGUCAACAUCGGAGGAAGCCAGACUAACAGCACUGGGCAAUAAAGAAGACUGAAAGCCAUUUGUUUCAGCGGUUAUUUUGCUAAAAUAUUUUCACAGGUUCCCACAAAGCCUACUCUGACAGAUGCGAGAUCUAAAAUGUGUAAUGUCUGCUAUUUCCUACAAAAGGAGACAAUGAAUUACAGCACCUGUCAAAGCCAAAAACGGAGGCUUUAUUGUCUAAAGAAUGAUGUCAAAAUUGCUGUAGCAGUUCUCACAGCUGUGAAAUUCAGAUAUUUUAUUAUUGUUAUUGACUGUUCUUCUAUGUUUCCGUGUAAGACAUUUACACACCCACACAGUCUUAACCUCUAAAUGUACAAUCAAAACCAAUCAACUACCACAUUCUACCACCCAGUGCGACAAUUGCCAAAAAACUGGUAUGUGCAGCUAAAUGAAGUGACGCAUUUGCAAUAACCUGCAAUUUCUGUAAUUUUACCUUUCACCUUCACCUGAAAAUCCAUCCUCGAGCUGCAGUGAUAAAACCUUUUUUAUGCACACACAUUUAAUGUUAGCAUUUUAAGGCUCGUGUAGCAGCUCAUACAGCAUGUUAUGUUCAGAACUCCCACAUCACCAAGCAGAUGGACAUACACUACCAGAGCGAGACGGAGGUUUUCACUUGUUUUAAUCACUGAAAUAAUCAUGAUACUGAGCGUUAAUGUACGUUAUGAAACCCACAGUUGUAAUUACACUGUGGACAAUCCAUUCAAAUGUUAGCAAUGUAACCAUCCGUACAUACACAGCAAUCUCUUUCAUGGAUUGGCAGUGCAAUAACAUGUUUAACAGAUCCCGGACUCCGAAAGAGCUGUGCUGGUUAGUGGAUUGAGAGCCUGGAAUUUUAGUCUAUUCGCUAGUGCGCUCGAUUCUCAGUCAGUGGGGAUGUGUGGUCGCGGGUUUGAGCCAGGGCAUGUGCAGGGCAUGUCUGUCAUUCUAUGACACACCUAAGUUACGCACCUGAAUGUGCAUGUGCAAGCCCCAUCAUGUCGUGCCCUGGCCCAAAAGUGCCAGAGAUGGGGAAGUGUACUGAACUUGAGUGUGAAUCAGAGUACUCGCGCUAGCCGGACUUUAGGUGUAAGCGCGGUAGUAAUGACAUAGGAUGAGUACGAAUACGGACCUUUUAUCACUACUUGAUUAAACACCAGGGGUGUCACGAGAUGAUUAAAACGUGGUUUGGAGAAAAGAUGUCUCUACCAGGUCAGCCAGAAAGGACGUAAAAUGCAAGUGGCAGUGUUGCAGAUUAAGUGCUUUUCGCACACUAAUGCAACAAUGCAACCUACUUCUGUGUUCCUAGCGUCACUCGCUCAUGAUGUGUGUAUGUUUUUCCCAUCAGAGUUCAACAGCUGCCUCCGUGUUAAUGUCCAAGCAGAAGUAUCGUGACACCCCAUUAAAGACUGAUAGAUAAAGUGCACAACAAAGUUCGGUGGGACGCUAAUGUACACACACUUUUUUAGAGCCACCCCUUCAUCAAUACAAUACAUACUUCCACGCACAGCAAGAGCUCUGGAACCAGUCCUCUCUAGAGGGCUGGACUUUAUUCCACUCUGGCGUUGCCAGCAGUGAGAGGCGACGGGCAGGCGUAGCAAUUCUUGUUGCCAGUCGGCUCAGGUCCUGUACGUUGGAGUUUAACCCGAUGAACGAGAGGGGAGUUUCCCUUCGCCUUCGGGUGGGGGGGACGGAUCCUCACUUUUGUUUGCGCUUAUGUGCCAAACAGCAGUUCAUAGUCAGCUUUACAGUCGUAUUGCUCAAUAUAGUAGAUAUAAUCAGAGAAAAUAGGCCAUUUAAAACAUAAAUAAAACUUGUGCUAAUGUGUGUCACAGUAAAUUUGUUUCCUAGGGGGCCUUAGUGGCAGGCGGACAGAUGUGAUGUCGGGGGUUUAGAAUUGAGUUUUAGCUUGCCGUGGAUAAUGGCCCCAACAGUACCCAUGUUGCUAUUAUUACUGACACUUAGACACUUAAUCGAUGUAGAAGACUACAUUCACAAUUAGGAUGCACAUUUUGUCUUGUAUUUGUAUUUUAUUUUAUUUAGUUAGCUCAUUUAGCCAUGUUUAUACUUGAAAAAUGCAUAAUUUACUCAGAAAAUAUAUACAAAUAUGCUUAAAUAUAUAUAUUUUUUACUAAUAGUCACAUUCAACCACAUAACAGCAUUAUUUAUUAAAUAAUAUGUUAGGAUGUAACAUAUGUUAAACUGCGAUUGACAAAUUUGAACCGCGAUGUGGUGAGGGAUGACUGUACAGCUAAGUGGUUUAAAAAAAAGUGCAGUAAAGUACAAAAUAGACCUGAGCACUGCAAGUUUACAUGGUGUUCAGGUGCCCUGGAGGGCUUGCACUUACAUGCAACACAAGGAAAACAUCACAUUACCUACCACGCUGGGCACAGAGACAAGUUGCUCACAUUAGUGCGUAUACGUGAUACCCACAAUCUCGUAAUUUAUUCAGACGCAGCAAACUCUCGGGAAGCUUGGAAUCCUUGCUCUUUCUUUGGCCUUGUAGUUUAAAGCCUGUACUCUUGAGCAUGUUCAUGUCAAUUAGCAUGUAGUUAGCCAGUUUGCACAUUAUCUGCUGGCUUCCUCCGUACCAUACCUCUCUAAAGUCUCAUUAAUUGCAAAGACUGAGUUAAGAAUAGAUGCAAAGGUGCAUAUCUGAAGAGAAUACAAAUUCCCUUAAGUAGUAUUUAGAAACUCACACCCCUUUGAAAACAAUUUAAAUUUAAACACAACUGAUUUUAUGGUGAUGCUAAUGUAUAAUCCAAUGGUAUUCAUUUGUACAAUUCCAGCAUUUGUUUUAUAUCAUUCAAUUAUUGCUGCUAAAGUUGGUUUCCACUGGGAUUUCAUUAGGUUGUGUUUCUUUGUAUUGUUCAAAAGAAUAAAUAUUAAUAGUGUAUGACUCUGCUCCAACUGUAAAAAUGUCUUUCUUAAUUAGAUUGUAUUGAAUGUUUAAUUUGUUGAUUUGUUUAAUGGGUACAAAUGUUCAACUGUUACUGUUUUGUGAAAUAAUGACAAUUGUUCUACCGCUACAAAGGAGUGCUAGGGCCACAGUGAAGGAAAUUAAUGUAAUAUGAUAAGAAUAAUAAAGUGGUAAUAUUACAAGAUAUUACUGUCACAUUAAAUUGUUCAUACUGGUGAUGGUUAAUGUGCCAAAAUAUUGACAACAAUAUUUCAUUUUCUGUGUAACUUCAACCAAAGUGUAACUCGACAAGAUCCUUAACAGUCAUCACUCAUUUUAAUACAGGUACAGUAGAUCCCUGCUUUUCACAGUGGUUAUAUUCUGGGACCCCCAGCAAAUGGAGAAAAAAAACAGCAUAAAAAUGUCUACUCUAUGUAUUUAAGUAUAAAAUAUUUAUAGGUACUUCGCACUAAUGAAUGAUAAUGUAGAUCCUAGGUUCCCAUGGGGUAUGCCAAUUGUCAUAGGUGGUAUGUUAGUACAAAUUCACGUCUGAAAGCCUGACACUCAAGUGUUACGUAGUGCACUUGAAUGCCACAUCAUGUGAACAGCAGCAGUAGGGAGAACAUAGCUUCAGGUCAAAUGUCAUCAUCGCUGAUGUAGAUGAUUGAUGAACAGAUUCACAACAGUUCACAGCACACAACAGAGAUGUGUUCAAGGACCACCGAACAAAGUCUGAAAUCUUAAUGCUUGACGAACAUCAUCAGUGAAGCAUAAAGACAUAAACGUAUAUAAAUUGUGGACUUCCUAACAGUGGUAUACGGUAUGUACCGUACGCUGUACAUUUGACCUGUAUUAUCAUUUCUAAAUUGUUACUGACUUACAGUGAAUGAGAUGUGUUUUCUGCAGAAAAAAACGGCCUUUUUUCAUACAAAGGAAUACAAAUGUAAAAAGAACAAAUACUAAUCCACAAUUUUGUGAUUAUGCUGAAUCGUGAAUGAGCGGGGAUCCACCGUACUUGAUAUGUUUAUCAUCAUAAUGUUACAACUUCAUUGGCUUAGAAUUCUACUUUACCAUCCGAAGGUUUUACUGAAAUACUGUAAUAUUCGGAGGCCCUAACACUCCUUUGUGACAUGUACUUUGUCGGAUUUAAUCAAAUAAAAAUGUUGCUGUUCUUAUGCAAUCUCAAUUUCUGCCGUGGUGUUUCAUUGGAGGCAAUUUCAAUGAAAUCAACCACAGUGUUUUCAACUGUGCUGUUUUUGAAUUUGCCCUGUACUUCUCUAUGUCUCUGCCUGCUUUACCAAACAGGGGCCCAUGCAAAAAAACAGGGCGAGGAUUUAUCGGAUAACGACGGUGAUGAAGAUGAAGACAUACGAGACACCGGAGCCAAGCCUGUGAUGGUCUACAUCCAUGGGGGAUCCUACAUGGAGGGGACGGGAAACAUGAUCGACGGCAGCGUCCUAGCCAGCUACGGGAACGUCAUCGUUAUCACCCUUAACUACCGCGUUGGAGUUCUUGGCUUCCUCAGUACCGGGGACCAGGCUGCUAAAGGGAACUACGGGCUACUGGAUCAAAUCCAGGCUUUAAGGUGGAUCAGCGAGAACAUCGGCUUCUUCGGAGGAGACUCCAAUCGCAUCACUGUGUUCGGUUCUGGCAUCGGAGCUUCCUGCGUCAGCCUGCUAACCCUUUCCCACCACUCUGAAGGUCUGUUCCACCGAGCCAUCAUUCAGAGCGGCUCAGCACUCUCCAGCUGGGCGGUGAAUUACCAACCGGUCAAGUAUACGCGUCUCCUGGCUGAGAAGGUGGGCUGUAAUGUCCUGGACACGUUAGACAUGGUGGACUGCUUGAGGAAGAAGAGCUCCAGGGAACUGGUGGAGCAGGACAUACAGCCCGCCAGGUAUCACGUGGCUUUUGGACCCGUAAUCGAUGGCGAUGUAAUUCCAGAUGACCCUGAGAUUCUUAUGGAGCAGGGCGAGUUCCUCAACUAUGAUAUCAUGUUAGGGGUUAACCAAGGUGAAGGGCUGCGCUUUGUGGAGAACGUGGUGGAUUCUGAGGAUGGUGUCUCUGGAAACGACUUUGACUUUUCCGUGUCAGACUUUGUGGACAGCCUGUAUGGAUACCCGGAGGGCAAAGACACUCUGAGGGAGACCAUUAAGUUCAUGUACACAGACUGGGCUGACAAAGAGAAUCCUGAAACCAGGCGCAAGACUCUGGUGGCUCUGUUCACCGACCACCAGUGGGUGGAGCCCUCUGUGGUGACUGCCGAUCUCCAUGCUCGCUAUGGCUCACCCACCUACUUUUAUGCCUUCUACCACCACUGUCAGAGUCUCAUGAAACCUGCCUGGUCAGAUGCCGCUCAUGGGGACGAGGUGCCCUAUGUGUUUGGAAUUCCAAUGAUCGGUCCCACUGACCUUUUCCCCUGCAACUUCUCGAAGAACGAUGUCAUGCUCAGUGCUGUGGUAAUGACCUACUGGACCAACUUUGCGAAGACUGGGGAUCCCAACAAACCGGUUCCGCAGGACACAAAGUUCAUCCACACUAAGGCAAACCGUUUUGAGGAGGUGGCCUGGUCGAAGUACAACCCCCAGGACCAGCUGUACUUGCACAUUGGCCUCAAGCCGCGGGUGCGCGACCACUACCGAGCCACCAAAGUGGCCUUCUGGAAACACCUAGUGCCACACCUCUACAACCUUCACGACAUGUUCCACUACACAUCCACUACCACCAAAGUGCCCCCGCCGGAGACCACGCAGAACACCCUGUCGACUAAAAGGCCCAAUGGUAAGACCACCUGGCCCUUCAACACUAAGCGGCCCCCCAUGUCUCCGGCCUACAACAGUGAAGACAAAGACUCUUGGAGCGACGACAAGGAGUCGGGGCCCCUAGUGGUGGAGAACCCGCGGGAUUACUCUACUGAGCUAAGCGUCACCAUCGCAGUGGGAGCCUCGCUGCUCUUCCUCAAUGUACUGGCGUUCGCCGCCCUCUACUAUCGCAAGGACAAGCGGCGGCAGGAGUCGAGCCACGGGCAGCCCAGCCCGCAGCGCCAGACCAACUCCAACGACAUCGGGCACCACGCGCCCGAGGAGGAGAUCAUGUCUCUGCAGAUGAACCAGACGCACCACGAGUGCGAGGCGGGGAACAGCAACGAGGGGGCGCUGCGCUUGGCCUCGCUGCCCGACUACACGCUCACUCUGCGGCGCUCUCCGGACGACAUUCCACUCAUGACGCCCAACACCAUCACUAUGAUCCCAAAUUCCCUGGUGGGCAUGCCCAACCUACAUCCUUACAACACCUUCACGACGGGCUUCAACUCUACCGGCUUGCCGCACUCCCACUCGACCACCCGCGUAUAGCUUUAAAGAGGCCAGAUGGGGGGAUGGACGGGCGGCGAUGCUGAUGGAGAAGGAGCAAAGGGAUGAACAAAACGGAGCGGAGGAUUGUGUUUUAUAAAUACCACAGAGAUGGGGGGAAGGGAGGGAGGGGCAGGAGUCGGAUUAAAACGUGAAGAGAUUUAACGAGACUUUUACUAGGAGCGUUGUGUGAGCGAUCUCUCUGGAUGUCAAGUUGUGCAGAGCUGCCAAAAUCAAACUGCUUGCCUUUCUCCUCAUCGGGAGAGGGGCUCUUUGUGUUGUGUCCUUUUUUUUUUUCUAAAAAAAAAAAAAAAAAAAAAGCAUCAUUUUAAAAGCCUUUUUAAGCGGAC